UAGUGGGAAAAUGGGAAAAUCUAACAUUUGAGAUCUACAGUUAUGACAAAUGAAUUUUAUGCCUUUUUAUCGUUUUACGUACUUUAGUUGACACUUUGUAAGCGCAGGUACAAUCAGAAGAGAUGGACACCACCAUGAGUGAAGGCUUUAUAAGGAGAGUUCGUCAGUUUUUGCCGAAAAGUCGAGGAGACAAGGUGGCGUUUGCCUUCCUAGUGGUCUGCAUUCACCUCAUCUUCUACUUCGAGCAGUUCCGAGUUCUCCCAGAGAUCUACCACCAGCCCUGUCUGGCGAGCUACCUCCACACAGCCUUCAUGGUGUUUGUGUACAUCAACACGGUUGGGAACCUGUUCAUGAUGAUGAAUGUUGACACCACCACCGGUAGCCAUGUCCUGCCCAGCGUGUUGAAGCCAGGCUGGCACUUCUGUGCCUCCUGCGAGGCCAACUCCCCGCCGCGCUCCUUCCACUGCUGGGAGUGCAGCACGUGCGUCCUGAAGCGCAUCCACCACUGUACCUUCACGGGAAACUGCGCGGCGUGGGCCAAUGAGCGCUACUACAUGGUGUUCCUGCUCUACAUGAGCGUUGGGGCCGUGUACACAAACGUCAUGAACUUUGACUACGUGUGGGACGUUAUGGGGGGGCUGAAUAUGAAAUCCUUCCUGACAAUGCUUGCUCCUUUGGUAAUGUGGCUCGCGGGGGCGGCCAAAGCGCACACUUUCUUUGUAUCGCUGAUGUCUAUGAUCUGUCUGAUAGGGGGCGCUUUUUCCCUCAUAUUGUUCUAUUUCCACACCAAGCUGACCCUCAUGAACAGGACUGUGUUCGAGUUCAAUAAGAGGAUCGGAGAUUACGACCUGGGGUGGCGGCAGAACUUGGAACAGGCCUUUGGCACUCGGUGGCCAUGGGUGUGGCUGUUUCCCCUGCUGCCGUCCCCCCUGCCGGGGAAUGGUUUGGAGUUCCCUGUCAGUAGUGAUGUUUCAGAGGCAGUCAAGGAUAUGUGAGGCACACUCAGUUUCUGAAGCUUUAUUUCUGUAUUUUCUACAGUCUACAUUGAAAUUUCAAUAGAGCAUGUAAAAAUUUUACUUGGGUGCCAGACCCUGGCAUUGUAUAAGUGAUUGCUUUUUUGGUGGUCCAAUGGCCACAGACCACUAGAAUUUAGGCUGGGACAACUAAA